GGCGCGAUUGUUGACGAUUUAUCGAGCCGAUUAUGAAUCCAACUUGACGUAAGGUUGUAGAUAGUGUAAAAAGUUUGAGAUAACUUAUCCACAAUUUUCAAAGAACGGGUGUUUAUACCUUUUAGUGCAAAAACUAAUUUUAUGUGAAUUUUAAUGUGGUCGGGAUCUUAAUUUUGAUUUUGCAACCGUUUUAGGAAUGAGAAAGAUUACUCCAAAGAUAAAUUCAAAUUGCAGAUGUUUUUUGAAUGGAAUAGCUUAAGAAGCAGAAAAUGUUUUUGAAGUUAUUAUUCUAAAUGGCAAAUUUAGGAGAAGAAGAUAUUUUUCAAAUUCUUUUGGCUACAGAUUGUCAUUUAGGAUACCUUGAAAGUGAUGCAGUGAGAGGUUCUGAUUCUUUAGUAACUUUCGAGGAGAUUCUGAAUAUUGCUGUUGAAAAAAAUGUUGAUUUUAUACUUUUUGGUGGUGACUUGUUCCAUGAAAAUAAGCCUUCACGUAAAGUCUUACAUAGCUGUCUAACACUACUUAGGAAGUACUGCAUGGGAGAUCGACCAAUACAGUUUGAAUUCCUAAGUGACCAGUCAGAGAACUUCAAGCAUAGUGCAUUUCCUGUGGUCAACUAUGAAGAUCCAAAUCUUAACAUAGCUAUACCAAUAUUCUCUAUACACGGAAAUCAUGAUGACCCAGCUGGCUCUGGGUGUUUUUGCUCUUUGGAUUUAUUAAGUGCCUGUGGUUUAGUAAACUAUUUUGGAAAAUGUACAGAUUUAGAAAAUAUUAAUAUUUGUCCCUUAAUGUUGCAGAAGGGUAAAACUAAACUAUGUUUGUAUGGUCUAGGAUCCAUCAGAGAUGAACGUUUGCAUAGAAUGUUCCUUGAUGGAAAGGUAUCUAUGCUAAGACCUAGAGAAAAAUGUGAUGAAUGGUUCAAUGUAAUGGUUUUGCAUCAAAACCGAGCAAAGCAUGGAGCAAAGAAUUACAUUCCAGAACAAUUCCUAGAUAAUUUUCUUGACCUCAUAGUAUGGGGACAUGAACAUGAAUGCCGUAUCGAUCAAGAAUGGAAUGGCGAGCAGGCAUUUUAUGUAACACAACCUGGCAGUUCGGUGGCUACAUCUUUAUGCCAUGGUGAAGCGGUACCAAAACAUGUUGGCAUUUUACAGGUUCGAGGCAAAGAAUUUCAAAUUACUAAAAUUCCACUACAAACAGUCCGUCAAUUCUAUAUCAAAGAUGUUGACUUAGAAGAUAUCAGCUUGAAUUUAAAUGAACCUGAUAGCUGUGAAAAAGUGAUGGAUUAUUGCAGAGAACUAGUAGACCAGUUUCUCCAAAAAGCUGAAGAGGAACAUACAGGAAAUUCUAAACAGCCAACUCAACCUCUUAUACGUUUACGUGUAUUUUAUCCGUCUAAUUUUGAUACCUUUAGCGUGCAGCGCUUUGGUCAUAGUUAUGUUUCCAAAGUAGCCAAUAGUAAAGACAUUAUAUUGUUUAGCAGAAAAAAAGCUGAACGAGCAAAAGCUGCAGAAAUAGACUCUGAUAUGCUGAAAACAAUUUUGAAACAAGAAGGAUUUGAUAAGAAAAGAGUUGAAGAUUUAGUGAAAAAGUAUUUUGAACAGACAGAUGAAAAUAAGCGACUUUUAGUUCUUUCAGAAGUUGGUGUGAGUUUUGCUGUGCAAGAAUAUGUAGAGAAAGAAGUUAAGGAAGCAAUAGUUUCUCUUGUGGAACAUCAGGCUAAGAAAACUGAAACUUACUUAAAACAAAAUGUUGAAGACAGUUCUGUGAUAGAUGAAGAACUUCUGAAAUUUAGAGAAGAAAGGCGGAAGAACUCUGAAAAAGAGUCAUCAGAGUUUCAGUCUGUAAUAAAAUCAACAGGUAGUAGGACUCAGCAUAAUUCAAGUGAUAUUGAUGAUGACCUUAUGAAUGAUGAAACUGUUGAAAUUCCAGUUGCUAAGACUAGAGGUCGAGGUAGAGGGCGUGGGAGCCGAGGUGGCAGGGGAGCUAGCACUUCUACGAGAGCAAAUACUUCAACCAGAAGAAACACCCGUACAGCUGCACCAAAAGCAGAUGUACAAGAAAAUGGUGGAAAGCGUAGAAGAACUACAGCUUCAAGUAGAAAUGCCAGUCGACAAACUGACCUAAGUAGUUAUUUUCAUAAUGGAACUAAUGAUUGUGUGGACAUAUCUGAUGAUGAUUCUGAUGACCAAGAAGGUAAGCGUCGUAAAACUGCUCCUAAACGUAUUGUAAGCAGAAGAGGUGUGAUUUUUGACCUUUCAGAUUAAAAUAUGCAGAAUUUUCAAUAUAAGAAAUAAAUAAACUGUGGUUUUGUGAA